CACUGCCAGGAGGUGUUCCCUCCCUUUAGAAGCUGUGGUAUUUUAACCACCACACCCUUUUCACUUCUCUUUUAGCUGGAACUCUUCUGUACAUCAUCUGCUCACUAGGACUUCUAAGAUGUCUUUGGUAUCUGAAUUCCUGGGUCAGCUGACACUUAAUUUUGGGUCGAGCGAGCCCACCUACCCCACCGUGGUUCCUGCAACUGAUUUCGAUCCAGAAAAAGAUGCUGCCAGAAUAGAGACAGCUAUCAAAACUAAAGGUGUGGAUGAACAGACCAUUAUUCAGAUCCUUACCAAACGGACGUAUGCCCAAAGACGAGAAAUUGCCUUUUCAUAUGAGAAGAGAGCCAAGAAGGAUAUGAUUUCUGCCCUGAAGGGGGCACUGUCUGGCUCGCUCGAGACGGUUAUUUUGGGCCUGAUGAAGAGCACUGCUCAGUAUGAUGCCUUUGAGAUUAAGGCCUCCAUAAAAGGUUUAGGAACAGAUGAAGAGAGCUUGAUCGAGAUCCUCUGCUCUCGAAGCAAUGCAGAGCUGGUGGAGAUUAAGAAAGUCUACAAAGAAAUGUUCAAGAAGGACCUGGAGAAGGAUGUGGCUGGAGACACCUCAGGAAACUUCGCUAAGCUGCUGCUUGCUCUAGUUGCGACCAAGAGGGAUGAACCAAGUGGUGUUGUUGACUAUGAGAAAAUUGAUGAAGAUGCCAGAGCACUGUAUGAAGCUGGAGUGAAACAGAAAGGCACUGAUGUCAAAACCUGGAUUAGCAUCAUGUCAGAAAGAAGUAUCCCUCAUCUGCAGAAAGUAUUUGAGAGAUACAAGAGCUACAGUCCCUUUGACAUGCAGGAGAGCAUCAGGAUGGAGGUGAAAGGAGAUCUGGAGAAAUCCUUCCUUACACUCGUCCAGUGCUUUGAAAACAAACAGCUCUAUUUUGCCAGCAGACUUCACGAUGCCAUGAAGAGUAAAGGUGCUAAGGAGAAAGUGGUGACAAGGAUCAUGAUCUCGCGCUGUGAGGUAGACCUUAAGAAGAUCAGAUCGGAGUUCAAGGCCCAUUUUGGAAAGUCUCUGUACCAGACCAUCUCUGAGCACACUAAAGGAGAUUAUCAGCACGUUCUGCUGGGUUUGUGUGGAGGAGAUGAUUAAAGCAGAGCAGGUAACACUGGUUCCAGGACCCUCAGCUGCUGUGAUCCUCAGGAGCCUCUCAUCUGCUCAGCCCUGAUGUACUGUUCUAGCUUUCUGGAUAGUCUGUAAUCUUUGGAUCUCUCUCUCUCUCUCUCUCUCUCUCUCUCUCUCUCUCUCUCUCUCUCUCUCUCUCUCUCUCUAAGUGGAUUCACAGUGUUCCAAAGAGACCAAAGACAAAAAUCCCGGUUAUGUCAUUUAUAGACUUCUGAAUUAAUUAAUGACUGCUCAAAUCCAGCAUUAGUAAACUCAUCUGAUUGAGUUAACUUAUUCACAACCAAGGCAAAUGCAUCUCAUAAGUAAAUGGACAAGAUUGUAUUCAAACGUGCCAUAUCUGACCAUUCUAACACUUUUUCUUUUUAAAUAAUUAUUAUUUUAUAUAUUUCUAUGGAGCAUAACUGCUGUAGCCAAUAUAAAGCAUGAGCUAAAGCUCAUAUAGGAGUGCAGUUUGUGAAAUUCACCACUAGAGAGCAGUAGAGCAUCACAGUGCUUUGCUUCUAAACCUCAUCUGCUGCCUGCUGAAGCUUCAUUUUGCUGUUUUUGAGCUGGUUCUUCUUUUUUUAAAAUAAAUAGUCCAAAAGUA